AUGGUUCAGUUUACUCAAAGAACCAACUCAAACAUGUCGGGUCUGCCGACCGAGGAAGCCGUCGCAGACACCAAGGAAAGAACUCCCGUCCCAGACCGCAUCAAAAAUGCCAUCAUCAUCGUCAUCGGAGAGUUCUGCGGAACUUUCAUGUUCUUGCUCCUCUCCUUCAUCGGUGCCCAGACUGCCCUCGUUACCAACAAUCCCUCCAACCCUUCUGCCGGACUUGAGCCCUUCAGCCUCAUGUACAUUGCUGCUUCCUUCGGAACUGCUCUCGCUGUCAAUGUCUGGAUCUUUUACCGUGUUAGCGGUGGCAUGUUUAACCCGGCUGUGACUCUCGGUCUGGUUCUCGUCGGCGCCGUGCCACCUCUCUAUGCCGUUGCCAUCAUUCCUACACAGCUGGUUGCCGCCAUUACCGCUGCGGGUAUCACGAAAGCUCUCAUCCCCGGCCCGCUCCUUGUCACCAAUGCUCUCGGCAAUGGCACAAGCAUCGCCCAGGGUGUCUUUAUCGAGAUGUUCCUCACAGCGCAGCUCGUCCUGACUGUCUACUUCCUUGCCGUCGAGAAGCAUCGCAGCACCCAUCUUGCCCCCAUCGGCAUCGGCAUCUCUGUCUUCAUUGCCCACAUCUGUGCGACCAACUGGACGGGCACAUCCAUCAACCCUGCCCGAUCCUUCGGUCCUUCCGUCGUCGCUGGCUUCAACGGCUACGACUGGAUCUACUACAUCGGACCCUUCAUGGGCUCUCUCCUUGCCUUCGGCUGCUACAAGAUCUUUAAGGUGCUCGAGUAUCAGACCGCCAAUCCUGGUCAGGAUGAUGACGACUUGGAGAGAAACUCAGGAGGCCAUCACUUCUUCAAACGCGAGAAGGAGGAGCCUGUGUCCCAUUCCCACACCGACAUGAUCGAGCCCAAGGACCACGGCGUUCCUCGGCGAAACGACAGCGUCAUUGACGGUCAGAUGCCGCCUGUCUAA